GGAGAGGAAGAUUUUGGAGAAAGAGAGGAUCAAAGCAUCUUGUUUCAUAAAGACUUGGAGAGAGAGGAAGAUUUUGGAGAAAGAGAAGAUGGCUGGAUCACAGACACAACCUCCAUCUUUUCUGAAGAGAGCAUUAGAUGUUCCUCCUCUGCCUCUUUUUCCUACAGCUAUGCAGCCAUGACUGAGACAGCAAUAACUGUUGUCUCCCAGGCCAUUGAAAAGGCUGUCAAGACAGUGCAGUCCACUGAUGCUGUGAAGAACCUGAAAGAGAAUGAGGCUGAAAAGAUAGUGCAGUCCACUGAGUUUUUCCAGACGCUCGAGAACACAGAGGUCGUCAGGACCAUUAAAGACAGCAAUGCUCCUCAGUCACGUCCAAGUUCCAGCCCUCUUGGGCUAGUGGUGGAAGAACAGGAUAUCACACCUGAGGACGCUGUAAAUGUUGUGCCAGCUCCACUCUCCACCAGCUCAUUUCUGCCAGCUCAUCAAAUGGAUGAGAUCCCUGAAGCAGAGAGACAACUGCUGGUCCAAACUGUGGACCAGGAAAAAGUGACAAGUUCCCCAAGCCAUCUGUUCCAAGACUCUUGUGAUGGGGUGCUGAAGGGUUUUUCUCCCGGACCCUCAGACGACGAUGGGCAUGUUGCAUUGUCCCAGGAGGACAAAGAAGCAGUAGCAGACUGGCAACUUGUCCUUAAUUCUCCCACCAUCACUACCUUAAUAAGAAGAUUUUUCCAGAGUCUUGAUGAUGAACAAUGGAGGGAAGUCAGUGAAGGCGUUUACAACUGGAAUGUGAAGGAGCAGCUUACUGACAUGUGCACAGAUUUGCUAAAGUUCAUUUCAGAGUCUGUUGCUCAAAAUGUCUUGCAAGUUUGUCAUAUGAAGAGUCCCUUGUGCUCAGUACCACUCACUGAAUUCUUUGGUAUCACUGAGUACAGUAUGCAGAGAUGUUUGGAAAGUUCAUUCAGCCAGGCUCUCAGUGACAUUGUUGGUGCCGACAACCCUGGAGUGAUUUCACCCAAAUUCACAGAGGACAUGGCAAGAGAAAUCACUGAUGAGCUCAACUCUAUCCUGUCAGUGGCCAAACAAGCCUCUUUGGAAAGCGAAUCCUCCAGCCUCCCCAUUCCUGUCAGCUGCCUGGUGUCAAAAGACAGAGCAGCCAAGAAAACUUUGGAAGGAGCUAUCUCAACAAUGAAGUCCUUCCUCACAGGACGAGGCAUUACAGUAAAAAGGAGGAUACAUAGAGACGAAGGUUCUCCUGAUACAAAUAAAGAGGAGACACCGGCCAGAGGAGGUAAAAGACAGAGGAUGAAGUCAUGGAAGAGGUGGUUCAGGUUUUGGUCAAGGAACAAGACUGAACCAAUUCCCCUCACAAAUUCAUGUGAGGCCACCACUUCAGCCAGCUCAGAAUCUAAGAGUGAUUUAAAUAACAGCUGGUCUUAUUCUGAAGAGACGCCCUCCACCACCUCCCCACAUCAGCCUCAGCCUGACUCUGAGGUUCUUGAUGACCAAGCUGAUAUUAAAGACACCAAAUCAAAGAGGAGUAAACUUUUCCUCUUCGGUCUCCUCACAAAGGCAUCAGCAGACAAUCGCACAAGGAGGCCUCCUCUUUGGACAAAAUUCUUGCCUUGAAGAACCACAAUCAGGACCAGCUUCAGCCACUGGCCUGAAAAUAACCUCUCCCUCUUUCUACUAACUUCCCUACUGACACAAUUUCUUAACCUCAUUCAACCCCCUUUUCCCUUUCCGUAAUGAAUGUGAUUAAUGUGUUUUAUUGUGACUUGUUUCUAGUUUGCAUUUUAAAAUAAAUACUUGA